AUGCAUUCGGCUGCCCGGCCGUCCGUCCGUCCAGGCGUCAUAGCAACCGCGCAACACCUUUUCACUGCCAACUCGUCUCGGCCAAUCAACGGCCGCGUCGACCAGCUCGGAUCAGCGCGAUCUCGGACACCGGUCGGCCGGAUCAGGCCCAACAAGCGGCUGCCGUGUCAGCCACGAGAAGACCGGCCGUCGAGUCCAGCGCUACCACGAGACCCCCCAACCGCGCCACAUGCCCUCCGUCUCGCGGUCGCGGCCAUCACUCGACCGUCUCUAGGCAACCGCCGUUUGCCCACUCUUGCCUACAGACAUCCCUGCCGACUCCUCGUGAAUCUCUUUGUCGGCCAGAAUGGCCCAUUUCGAGGCCCUGGAAGGAGCACAGCAACUGAAAGUUCGGGCUGCCCGACGCCGGAAGGGAUGGAGGUGAGGUCGGAUUGGAUGGGCAAAUCGGGUCCAAAUUUGUUGACUUCGAGGCUCACCAACGAGCGCCAAGUCUGUCGGUCUCGAGCUCAUUUGGCCAACGUCCACUUUCGCUGGGUCGCUGAUGCCUCGUGGCCGCAUCGCCGACUCGAACCAUCCGAAUUGACAAGACCACCUUCCGGCCGACCAGGUCGCCUGAACGGAGCCGGAAUGGAGGGUUUUAAUCGGCACGGAAUCGAAUGA